UCUUAAUAACUAUCUAUAUACCUACAUAAGUUGGUAUUUUGUUAAAUACUUUGGUUCAGUAAUUUAAUUUUACUUAUCUAUUAGUUGUUGCUAACGUUAUUGUAUUUGUCCUUAAUAUAAUGCUAAAGAAAUCGACGUCCAGGAAGUUAUGUAAAACUUUUAUAACUGCUUAAUAACAUUAUGUUGUCCAUAACUAGAUAAAUCUUCAGAUGACAUAAAUAUGGAAUGUAAUUGGCUGAAAACUUCUCCAAGUUUGAAGAAAGGUAUUGAUUUAAUUAAUCAGUUGGAAGAGACAAAGUUCGAACAAUUUCUUAGGAGAAUUGUAGUCAAAUUAAAAAACCAAGACACUGAAAUUUUCACAGAAGAGGAAAGAAGAAAACUUGAAAAGAUAUUUAAAGUGAAUGAUGAACAAUUACUCUUAGCAAUUAAAUCUAUACUUUACAUUUUUAAAAGAAUUCUUAAGUUCAUUUUCAUGCCUGCAAAUUUAAAAACUGAUUUAUCAAAUGUUGGUUUCAACGAUGAAAAAGUUAACUUCUUUAUUAAGAUUUGGUCUUCUGAAACUAAAGUAACACUAAAUGACUUGGCAUCCACUUCGCAAAAUAAAUAUGAAGAUAACCCGGAUCUGCAGUGGAAGUUAAAUACUGAAUUAAGUUCAGAGUAUCAUAAAAAAAGUAAAGUACCUAAAGCCUAUCUAUCUUUUUUUGGUGAACAUGAUGUAACUGAAGUAGAAUUAACACAUCAAGAAUUAAAUUCAAUUUUUUUACAAGUUGAGUCUAUUCAAAAUGAAUUAGAUAAUCUUAUGUAAUAAUGUUUAUUAUUGUCUUAAAAAUGUGCCUUCUUUGUUGAUUGUUAUAAUUAAAAUAUGAUUAUUUUAUAUAGAA